GAGUAGAAUAUUAAAAAUCUUUCACUUAAGAGAACGACGACAUCUAUAAGGAAUCUUCCAAAAACAAAUGUAUUGAUGGAGAAAAUAUAGACGUCUACGAACAAAACAACAUAAAGAAGAAAUAACAUUACCCUAUAAGGAAGGAAGAAAGAUUUCAUCGUUAAUAGGUUUAUGAAUAUUAAUAAACAAAAAUAAAGUACGAGAAAAAGGAACUAGUUGAUUAUUUCAAUUUUUUUUAAGAACAAAAAACAAAUAAGAUUAAAGAAGAAGAGUACAUUUCCAGAGAAUAUCGUGAUAGCAAGAAAAGACAGAUAUGGCUUCUCUAGAACUAACUGCUCAGGAAUUAGGAAUAACCGAUAAACAAUGGAAUAUAUUAGCUAAGUUUAAAGAAGUAAUUAAGGAUGAAAUUCGGCCUACACACACCGACUAUUAUCUUGUAAAGUGGCUUAAAGCUCGCAACUAUGACAUUUCGAAAGCUGAAUCGAUGUUUCGAAAUAGUAUGAAGUGGAGGGAUGAAUUUGGUACUGAUAGCCUGUUGACGGAAUUUAAGGAUCCUGAGGUAUUGGAGAAGCAUUGGACAGGUGGGACAACCGGCUUUGAUACGGAUGGUAGACCUUUGUUUCUUAUGGCUUGUAGAGGAAUGGAUUUUAAAGGAAUAUUUAGAUCGGUAAAUAAGUCUGAUUUACAUAAAUUUCAUAUAAAACGAAUGAUGAGAUUGUUGGAAAUAGGAAAGGAACAAACUGCUAAGACGGGAAAGCAGAUCGAUCAAACAACUGUAGUAGCCGAUAUGGAUGGUCUUACUUUAAAGCAAUUCUUCGUUCCAGGAAUGGAUCAAAUGUACGAAGUAUUAAGGAUAUACGAAUCGAAUUUUCCAGAGUUCUUAGGUGCUGCCUACGUUAUCAAUGCGCCAAGGAUAUUCCCUCUUGUAUUCAACGUGUUAAAACCAUUUAUGAGUGAUGAUACUAAAAGGAAAAUUCAUAUUUUUGGAAGUGAUUGGAAGAGUAAAGUUCUUGGCAAGUUUAUUGAAGCUGAUCAAUUACCCGUCAGUUGGGGUGGAACGCAGAUAGAUGAAAAUGGCGACGAAUUUUGUAAAACGAAGGUCAUUUAUGGGACGGAAGUGCCAAAGUCAUAUUUUUUGAAGGAUAAAGGUUUAUUGAAUGAGAAGAAUACAGUAAAGAUUAAUGUUAAGAGGGGAAGUGCUAAGAGGAUUGAAUUUAACGUUGACGAAGAGAAUUCAGCACUGAAAUACGCUUUUCAAACGGAUAAUCAUGAUGUUGGAUUUGGAAUAUUUAAGGCUAAAAAUCCAAAAGAUUCUGUUAAAGAUAUGCAACCGUUAAUUCAACCAAAAAGAUUGAACUGCCAUCUCGUACCAGAAUCAGGAUCUAUACGCCUACAGGAGAAGGGACUUUAUUUGGUUAUUUUUGAUAAUUCGUAUAGUUGGGCAAGGAGUAAAACCGUAUAUUACGAUAUCGAGAUAUUGAAACCAGAUAAGACAUCUGAUAUGAAAGUCGAAGAAUUAAAAGAGGGCGAAGAGGAAGAAGAGGAAAUUGAUGAAAAUUGGAAAACCCAAUUAGAAGACAAGUUAACUGAUAAUGAACGUUGUUAAUCAACUAUCAACUAUCGAAAAAUAAUAAUAAUAAAAAAAAGGAAUAGAAAGGAAUGAUUCAUAAUAAAUAUCGACCUCGAUUUAUGCCAUGAUUUGCGAAGAAUUAUUGAUUUUUUUAAUGCGAAAAAAAACUCUUUUUAUUAAUUCUUCCGUACUGUAAUGGAAAAUCCGAUUUACUUGUAUUAUCAUGACGUCAUUAAUGCUCAGUAUAUACUCUGUACAUGCACUCCUGAUUAUGACGUGUCGAUGCAUAUACAUGUAUAGUGUAUAAAUACUGUUGUACUUUCAUAAACAUUGUACGUAUAAUUGUGUCUGUUAAUUAAUAUAUAUAUAUAUAUAUAUAUA